AUGCGGUUUUUCGCAUUCCUCCCGUUGCUCCUUAUCGGGGCGCUGUCGAGCCUUGUCUCUGCGACGGACAAUGGCAAGACUACCGAUGUUACUUGGGACAAAUAUAGUCUCUCCGUGAAAGGGGAGAGAGUAUUUGUCUUUUCUGGUGAAUUCCAUUAUAUGCGUCUUCCUGUUCCGGAAAUGUGGCUUGAUGUGUUCCAAAAGUUGCGCUCCAAUGGCUUCAACGCGGUAUCCAUCUACUUCUUCUGGAGCUUCCACUCCGCCUCAGAAGAUACAUUUGACUUUGAAAACGGCGCCCACGAUGUCCAGCGCGUCUUCGACUACGCCAAACAAGCCGGUCUGUAUGUGAUUGCCCGCGCAGGACCCUACAUUAACGGUGAAACCUCGGCCGGCGGAUUCGCCCUGUGGGCAGCGAACGGACAAAUGGGCAGUGAACGAACCAGUGCCUCGUCCUACUACGACAAAUGGCUUCCCUGGAUCCUGAAGAUCGGCAAGAUCAUCGCGGAUAACCAGAUCACCAACGGCGGACCGGUGAUCCUGAACCAGCACGAGAACGAGCUCCAGGAGACCACCCACAGCGCGACCAACACUCUAGUUCUGUACAUGGAGCAAAUCGCAGCCGCAUUCGAGGAGGCCGGUGUUAUCGUGCCGAGCUCGCACAACGAAAAGGGUAUGCGCGCGGAAAGCUGGUCGACAGACUACGAAGACGUCGGCGGUGCAGUAAACGUCUACGGCCUCGAUUCAUACCCCGGCGGUCUAUCCUGUACAAACCCCGACUCGGGAUUCAACCUCGUCCGCACUUACUACCAAUGGUUCCAGAACUACUCCUACACACAGCCCGAAUACCUCCCCGAGUUCGAGGGCGGCUGGUUCCAGCCCUGGGGUGGAUAUUUCUACGACGAGUGUGCAGCAGAGCACUCGCCCGAAUUCGCCGAUGUCUAUUACAAGAAUAACAUCGGGUCCCGGGUCACCCUGCAGAGUCUGUAUAUGGCCUUUGGCGGGACGAAUUGGGGUCAUAGUGCGACGCCGGUCGUUUAUACUUCGUAUGACUAUGCGGCGCCGCUAAGGGAGACGAGAGAGAUUCAGGAUAAACUCAAGCAGACUAAGUUGAUUGGUUUGUUUACUCGGGUUUCUUCGGGUUUGUUGCAGACUGCCAUGGAGGGCAAUGGAACGGGUUAUACUAGCGAUGCCAGUAUUUAUACGUGGGCUUUGCGGAAUCCCGAGACGGACGCUGGGUUCUAUGUGCUUGCGCAUAGUACGAGUUCGUCUCGUGCGGUGACGACGUUCUCGCUGAAUGUUAAUACUUCGGCUGGUGCUCUGACUAUCCCUGACAUUGAACUGGAUGGUCGCCAAAGCAAGAUCAUCGUCACGGAGUACGAAGUCGGCAAGGCCUCGAGCCUACUCUACUCAUCCGCCGAGGUUCUGACCUACGCUACCCUCGACGUGGACGUGCUGGUGCUCUACCUGAACAUCGGACAAAAGGGCGUGUUCGCAUUCAAGAAUGCCCCAUCCCACUUGACGUUCAAGACGUACGGUAACUCAAACUUUACUUCCACCACAUCGACCAAUGGAACGCAGUACUCGUACACCCAAGGAGAUGGCGCGACCGCUGUCAAGUUCUCCAACGGGGUUCUUCUAUAUCUGCUGGACAAGGAGACCGCUUGGAACUUCUUUGCUGUGCCUACCACGUCCAACCCGAACGUGUCCCCCAGCGAACAUAUUCUUGCUCUUGGACCGUAUUUGGUUCGUGAGGCGAGUAUCAGCCAUGAUACCGUUAGCCUGAUUGGUGAUAAUGCGAAUACCACCACACUGGAAGUCUACCCUGGUAACUCCCAGGUAACCAAGAUCAAGUGGAACGGCAAAUCGAUUGCAACCAAGAAGACCGCAUACGGCAGUCUCAUCGGCUCAGCUCAGGGCGCAGAAAACGCCAAGAUCUCCCUGCCCUCUUUGAAAUCCUGGAAGUCUCAAGAUACUCUUCCCGAGAUCAAGCAAGACUACGACGACUCGCGCUGGACGGUCUGCAACAAGAGCACGACGGUCAACUCUAUCGCGCCACUCUCGCUGCCCGUCCUAUACUCGGGCGACUACGGAUACCACGCAGGCACCAAGAUCUACCGCGGUCGCUUCGACGGACGCAAUGCGACCGGCGCCAACGUGACGGUGCAAAACGGCGUCGCCGCUGGCUGGGCAGCCUGGUUGAACGGCGACUAUGUUGGCGGUGCCCUAGGCGAUCCAGAUCUCGCAUCAACCUCCGACCUGUUAACCUUCAACAGCUCCUCCCUCCGGGACACCGAUAACGUCCUCACGGUCGUGAUGGACUACACCGGCCACGACGAGAACAACGUCAAGCCGGCCGGUACCCAGAACCCCCGCGGUAUCCUGGGGGCCACCCUCUUCGGCGGCGGCAACUUCACCUCCUGGCGCAUCCAAGGCAACGCCGGUGGCGAAGCAAACAUCGAUCCCGUCCGCGGGCCCAUGAACGAAGGUGGCCUGUACGGCGAACGACUCGGCUGGCAUCUCCCGGGAUACACCGCACCCAAGAGCGCGGGCAGCUCAUCCCCCCUGCAGGGCGUCUCGAACGCCGCAGGACGCUUCUACACGACAACCUUCAAGCUCAAUCUCGACGCCGAUCUGGACGUCCCGAUCGGGCUGCAGCUCGGGGCCGCGGCUAAUACCAGUGCGGUGGUGCAGGUGUUUAUGAAUGGGUACCAGUUUGGCCAUUACCUGCCGCAUAUUGGACCACAGACGCUGUUCCCGUUCCCGCCGGGUAUCAUCAAUAAUCGGGGGGAGAAUACGUUGGCGAUUAGUCUGUGGGCGUUGACGGAUGAGGGGGCGGCGUUGGAUCAGGUGGAGUUGGUCGCGUACGGGGCGUAUCGGACCGGGUUCGAUUUUAAUCAGGAUUGGACGUACCUGCAGCCCAAGUGGAAGAAUAAUCGUGGGUCGUAUGUGUAG